CGUUGUCAGGUGCAGUCGGAAAAGUCGCGAGAAAAAUCAAUUUUGAAAAUUCCACCCUCGUUGACUAACUAUUCCGUGAUCCUCCAUGAAGUGGGAGAACUAUUGCGACUUUGUGGCCGGAUGCUUCGGUGGUGCCUGCGGGGUGCUGGUGGCCCAUCCCCUAGACACGAUCAAGGUAUGGCAGCAGGCCUCCAACUCCUCCGUCAUGACUGCCGUCCAUCAGAUCUACAGCAGGAACAAUGGGAUCAACGGCUUUUACAGGGGCAUGUUCUUCCCAUUCAUCUCGACGGGCGCCAUCAAUUCGCUGCUCUUUGGCAUCUAUGGUAACCAUCUGCGCCAGCUGAGGAAGGUUUGCCAUAGUGACUACCAGCGGGAGCAGCUGGAGUACCACAACAUGUUCAUGGCUGGAUCAGUGGCGGGAUUUGUCCAAUCCUUCAUAGCUUGUCCCAUGGAGCUGAUCAAGGUCCGCCUGCAGACUGCUUGUUAUUACAAUGACUAUCUGUAUGGGCAGCGGAGGACAGCCUUUGGCACUUUCAAAAGGAUACUCAAGACUGACGGCAUCUCCGGUCUAUACCGCGGUCUGCUGCCCAUGAUGUGUCGUGACGUUUUGCCUUAUGGAAUCUAUAUGCUGGCCUACCGCCAGAGCGUUGACUAUCUGGACGGAAGGGAUUUUGUGCGGCGGCGACGCAGCCAGACGGACGGAGUCAGUAUUAAUCUGCUGGUGACCACUCUGGCCGGUGCCUGGGCGGGAGUCAUCUCGUGGGUAUGCGUCAUUCCGUUCGACGUGGUGAAGACUUUGAUGCAAGCGGAUGAGAACCACAAAUUCCGGGGAAUCUUUCACUGCGUGAAGGUCAACUACAGGGCCUACGGUUGGCGGAGUAUCUUCCGAGGCAGCUGGAUGCUGGUGGCGCGGGCGAUUCCCUUCAAUGCCGCCACUUUCCUGGGCUACGAGUACGCCCUGGAAUGGUGCCAGCGGUGGAAUGGCACCUACGUAUGACCCAAGGCCAGAUCUGGCGGGGACUAAGAGCUUUAACUAGUUUGUAUGCUGUGACCAUUGAUAUCUACUGAAAUGAGUGUGAUUGAACUUUAAUAUACUACUUACGCUUUUUGCUAUAUUGUACAUAUAAUAAUACCAGUCACAGCUUUCGCUGAUUUUAAUAAAAAUUUUACAAUUGUGAUACUUAAA